AUAAAGGUGAGGAGAGAGAAAGUUUGGGCGAUUUACAGGCGACAGAAAGUCUGCAACACGUUUCUGUUCUUCACAUCUUUCCGAUCGAUUGGGUAGUUUCUGGAUGUUACCACCAUGUCAAGAAGACGAACAUGUUUGUCUUCUCAACCUGCAAUAACAAUAUCAUCUCCUCCUGAAUCUCCCGUCGUCCCAUUAUCACAACCACAUCAUAGUCCAAUAUCAAGAUCACCUCCUCCUCAGGACGGACGUGUUCAUUGACCAUUUAAACAUUAUGAUGAUUGUGGUGAUGGGGUUAACGGAAGGGGAUAUGUUCGCAGUUCCUUUCAGAGACAUCUCACAGACAGACACUUCCCAUCUGAAGAGGCAAAACAGCAAUGCAGAGAACUCCUGGGGACAUAUAGGGCUACAUACAUAGGAUGGGAAAAGGUCUUACAACAAAUGCGAUGUUGGUUAUGCAGUCACUGUAUGGUAAUGACGUUAUUCCUGGUUCAUACAAUGGAAGAUCCGUGAAUUUUUUCAUCUCUGACAUACUCAAGCCUUCAUUGGCCGUCAGUGAUACUCCAUCCACUUCUUCAGAUACACAGCCUGCAUCUCUUUUCUUGGAGUUACUGAACAAUGCUCUCCAAAGUAAAUUCACCACUAUUUCAUCUAUCCCUGCUCCUUGUCGAAUUAGUUUUUCCAGGACUCUUAAAUCAUGCCUAGAUGCAGUCAUUCUUAACCCUAGAGAAAUAUCAUCUUGGAUUAAAUUACUUCUUUUGCCCAUAUGCACCCUCAACCUAUAUAUUCCUAAGAAUUCAUCAGAGAAGCGAUCUGGCACAAGGAAGAGGAUGCAAGCUGCAUCAAUCAACCAAGAUUUGGUGGAUUGGAGAGAACCAAAUGGUUGUCUCAACCUGAUCAAUACCUUGCUCGAACGGCCGAAGCGCUGCCAGUUAAGAAAGCCUAAGAGUAAACAAGCACAAGCCAGUGAAAAUCUUGAGGCUUGCCGUAAGAAGCUUUCUUACGGACAUUACACUGCAGCAAUCAAGGUACUUUCCUCAGAUGGGGUGACUCCAUGCAAUGAAGCUACACUUGCAGAACUCCAGCACAAACACUCUACCGCUCAUUCACCAGCCAUUCUGACUGAGUCCAUUUCUUGUGAUGCUAUUUCGGUCGAUACUGCGUCAGUUCUGAAGGCCAUUAAAGGUUUUCCCAAAGGAACCUCCUGCGGAUGUGAUGGGUUGAGAGAUCAACACCUCCUUGAUGCCAUGAGUGGUGCAGCAAAUGCAGUAGCGGAUGAGUUGGUAGUAUCAAUCACCAAGGUGGUUAACAUGUGGCUAUCAGGUAAGUGCCCAUCUUCUCUAGGUGAAUUUAUAUCAAGUUCCACUCUCACUCCCUUGCAGAAGCCUAGUGGUGGCAUUCGUCAAAUUUCCAUAGGCACAAUUUGGAGGAGACUGGUAUCCAAACUUGCUAACACUAAAGUUGGGAAAGAUAUGUCGGUGUACCUUGGCGACUGCCAAUUUGGAGUUGAUGUGCCUUGUGGUGAAAGAAUCCUCCAUUCUGUCAACAGAUCACUUGAAAUCAAGGGUAACAGGUCUGAUACUUCCAUGCUACUUAUUGAUUUUACGAACGCAUUCAACAUGGUAGACCGGACUUCACUAAUUAAGGAGGUUAGAUCCCACUUCCCUGCCAUUUCACAAUGGGUAGAAUUUUGCUUCGCAACUCCUACAAGGUUGUAUUACAAGGAUACCAUUCUCUCCUCGGCGCAAGGGGUUCAACAUGGAAACCCCCUCGGUCCCCUGCUCUUCUCUCUUACACUUCACCCCAUUGUGAGAAACAUUGCAUCCAAGUGCAAACUAGACCUACAGGCGUGGUACUUGGACGACAGAACCAUCAUCGGCGACACCCUCGAAGUAUACAAAGAUUUGCAGAUCAUCUUGGCAUAAGGAAGCAGUAGAGGUCUUCACCUAAACAUUCACAAAACGGAGGUUUACUGGCCCAGUGCAGACCCUCGAAGCCACAACCCAGAUGUAUUCCCUCCUGACAUUGGCGGGCCAACAUCUAGUGUCAAACUAUUAGGCGGACCAAUAAGUUUAGACUUGCAGUUUUACAAAGAUAUGGUUUUGCAACGAGUGGAGAAAACUAUCCAACUUAUGACAGCAGUGAAAAAGCUUAAAGACCCCCAGUGUGAGCUGCUAUUGCUCCGCAACUGUACAUGCGUCUCCAAACUGUAUUUUACAAUGCGCACAAACGCCCCGUCUGCUGUAGAGCCUGCCGCAUCGCGUUUUGAUAAUCGUCUACAUCAGUACUUGCAACUAUUGAUUACAGCCGAUGGUUCAGGGUUUGGACCCUUACAGUUUCGUUUAGCGACUAUUCCCAUUAAGGACGGGGGACUUGGCGUAUACACGAUGUCUGACACGUCAAAGUAUUGUUAUUUAGCCUCGCAGUUUCAGACACAAUCGGUUCAGCAAACCAUCCUAAACAACGUUGUUGUUCCAAGCCUAUGUACUACCUCUCAGCUGGCCUUACAGACAUACAACCAGGUCUGUGGAAUUCAGUCAUCUCCUCUCAGUUUUGAUCCUACAGCCCCCUCUUCAAUGCAUACUAUGCAUUCACUACUGUAACAUACUUUGAGGUGGUCAAGAAAAAAAUUCCUACUACCUUUGAUAUGUUUGUAAGAGACACUAUACUCUGGCAGAGAAACAAUCUAAAGCACGCACAGGACUACUUACUGGCGAUACCCAUCAGUGGAUUAAACCAGACCAUCGUCCCUCGUCAAUUCAGAUGUGUACUCAGUUAUCGUUAUGGCAUCCCAUUAUUCGAUGAAGGAAGCCAUUGUACCUGCUGCAAUAGAGAAAUAGAUAUAUACGGGGAUCAUGCACUCCAUUGCGCUAGUGAAAUCGGGCUUAAGUUUCGCCACGAUCUUGUUCGAUAUAUCUUUGUCGACAUUUGUUUUAGAACUGGAAUUUUAGCCAGGAAAGAAGCGUCACUUGGCCUCUUUUCGGGGACUAAUACUACUAUGCUCCCUGCUGAUUUACUAGUUUACAAUUAGAUCAACAAGAAGGACACAUGUUUCGACAUCACAGGAAUAGAUACCUUUACGAGUGAUAUUCGAUACUUCACACCCGGACAGGCGAUUGCAAAAGUUGUUCUUCGCAAGCACAACAAAUAUCUUGCUACGUGUGAAGCUCAUGGAUACGAGUUAGGUGUUCUAGUUUUCACCACCUUAGGCGAACUAGGCGAAGACACUACCAGAUUCUUAAAGAUACUGAAGAAUUGCCUUGCUAACAAUGAUGCCAACUGUGACACUGGAAACUUUUUAUUUCAUAGA